AUGGAGCUGGACCAUAGGACGACCGGUGGCCUCCACGCCUACCCUGCCCAGCGGGGCGGGCCGGCAGCUAAGCCCAAUGUGAUCCUGCAGAUCGGUAAGUGCCGAGCCGAGAUGCUGGAGCAUGUGCGGAGGACCCACCGGCACCUGCUGACCGAAGUGUCCAAGCAGGUGGAGCGAGAGCUGAAAGGGUUGCACAGGUCGGUGGGCAAGCUGGAGAACAACUUGGACGGCUAUGUGCCUACCGGCGACUCACAGCGCUGGAAGAAGUCCAUCAAGGCCUGUCUCUGCCGCUGCCAGGAGACCAUCGCCAACCUGGAGCGCUGGGUCAAGCGUGAGAUGCACGUGUGGCGGGAGGUCUUCUAUCGCCUGGAGAGGUGGGCCGACCGCCUGGAGUCCAUGGGCGGCAAGUACCCGGUGGGCAGCGAGCCGGCUCGCCACACUGUCUCUGUAGGUGUGGGGGGUCCAGAGCCCUACUGCCAGGAAGCUGAUGGGUAUGACUACACUGUCAGCCCCUAUGCCAUCACUCCACCACCUGCUGCUGGAGAGCUGCCUGAUCAGGAAUCAGUGGAGGCCCAGCAAUACCAGUCCUGGGGGUCAGGUGAGGAUGGGCAACCAAGCCCUGGUGUGGAUACCCAGAUCUUCGAGGACCCACGGGAGUUCCUGAGCCACCUGGAAGAGUACCUGCGGCAGGUGGGUGGCUCCGAAGAAUAUUGGCUGUCCCAGAUCCAGAACCAUAUGAACGGGCCAGCCAAGAAGUGGUGGGAGUUCAAGCAGGGCUCAGUGAAGAACUGGGUAGAGUUCAAGAAGGAGUUUCUGCAGUACAGUGAGGGCACGCUCUCCCGUGAAGCCAUCCAGCGGGAGCUGGACCUGCCGCAGAAGCAGGGUGAGCCACUGGACCAGUUCCUGUGGCGCAAGCGGGACCUGUACCAAACACUGUAUGUGGACGCUGAGGAGGAGGAGAUCAUCCAGUAUGUGGUGGGCACCCUGCAGCCCAAGCUCAAGCGCUUUCUACGCCACCCGCUGCCUAAGACUCUGGAGCAGCUCAUCCAGAGGGGCAUGGAAGUGCAGGACGGCCUGGAGCAGGCAGCUGAGCCUUCUGGAACCCCACUGCCCACAGAAGAUGAGACGGAGGCCCUCACACCUGCCCUUACCAGCGAGUCAGUAGCCAGUGACAGGACCCAGCCUGAAUAG